AUGGCCGCCGCCGUCGCCGAACACCCGCGAUUCUUCCCCACGCGCACCGACGCGCUGAGUUCUGAGGACUUUGAAACAGCCUCGAUCCGUUCCGCCGCACCGUCUUACUACGCGCCUUCAUACCACUCCACUGCACCCAACCCAGAGCCGAUACCCGCAUACUCGCCCCCGGCAAACAACGCCGCCGCAAACCCGAAUGGCUCCACCCAAUACCCGACUUCCCUGCUACCCGCCGCCCCGGCCCCGACCCGCUCUGGCACCACAACCCCCCAGCCCCGCUCCGGCCUGCCCCCGAUCCCGCCCGCGUCGGCCGUCGUUCCCCAGCUCAACAACUUCCGCAUACCGACAUGGUCCACCGUGCAUUCCAACCCGACCCUCAACAACGUCGCCCGCAGGCGCAUGAACCAGGGCGGAGCCGACCCUGUCGCACACUUGCGGCGCUUCAUGUCAGAGCGCAUGGCGGAGGAAGAGGCAGCGCAGCGCGCGAGGGACUUUCGCCCGCUCGAGGACCCGUACCUGGUCGGCGAGGAGGCGGCGUCGCGGGCUAGGAGGGAGAGGCUCGCGAGGGAGUCUGGAGACGAUAUCCUGUGGGACGAGGACCGCCGUUGGAACAGGUUUCUUGCGCAAAUGCAAACUUGGGAAGACCGCGACCGCAGCCCCUGGAGAAAUGUGCGUCAGAACGAACCGGUCAACCAGCGCAAGAAGCUGAGCAGGCGCCUCGCGGGACGUCUUUGGUAG